AUGACAGAAGCUGUUCAAAUUGAUGUCACCAAGUUGACUCCUUUAUCACAUGAAGUCAUCUCCAAGCAAGCUACCAUCAAUAUUGGUACUAUUGGUCACGUAGCUCACGGUAAAUCCACUGUCGUCAAGGCUAUUUCAGGCGUCCAAACUGUUCGUUUCAAGAAUGAGAUGGAAAGAAAUAUUACCAUCAAGUUGGGUUAUGCCAAUGCCAAGAUCUUCAAGUGUAGCAACCACGAAUGUCCCAGACCCGGUUGUUACAAAUCAUAUGGUUCUGCCAAAGAAGAUAAUCCUAUCUGUGAGCGCUCUGGCUGCGGCGGUACCAUGGAACUCGUUCGUCAUAUCAGUUUUGUUGAUUGUCCUGGUCACGAUAUUCUUAUGACCACCAUGUUGUCUGGUGCAGCUGUCAUGGACGCAGCACUUUUGUUGAUUGCAGGUAAUGAAUCUUGUCCUCAACCUCAAACAUCCGAACAUCUUGCAGCCAUCGAAAUCAUGAAGCUUCAACAUGUCAUUAUUCUCCAAAACAAGGUCGAUCUCGUAAAGAAAGAAGCCGCACACGAACAACAUGAAGAUAUUCUCGCAUUUGUGAAGGGUACCGUCGCUGAUGGUGCUCCUAUCGUCCCUAUUUCCGCCCAGCUCAAAUACAACAUCGAUGCUGUCAACGAAUAUAUCACCAAGAAGAUCCCUGUCCCUGUUCGUGAUUUCUCUGCUGUUCCUAGAUUAAUUGUUAUUCGUUCUUUUGAUAUUAACAAGCCUGGUGCCGAUGUUGAGAACCUUCAAGGUGGUGUUGCUGGUGGUUCCAUCCUGAAGGGUGUCCUCAAGAUUGGCGACAACAUUGAAGUUCGUCCUGGCGUGAUUAUCAAGGAUCAAGAGGGCCGCAUUCGUGCUCGUCCCAUCUUGUCAAAGAUUUUGACCUUGGCUGCCGAGACAAACAAGUUAGAGUUUGCUGUUCCUGGUGGUUUGAUUGGUGUUGGUACUCAAAUGGAUCCCACCUUGUGUCGUGGUGAUCGUUUGGUCGGUCAAGUUUUGGGUUAUCCAGGUACUUUGCCCUCUAUCUAUACUGAACUCGAAAUCUCCUACUUCUUAUUGCGUCGUUUGUUGGGUGUCAAGACCGAUGAUAAGAAGCAAGCCAAGGUUGCCAAGUUGACCAAGGGUGAAUUGCUCUUGGUUAACAUUGGUUCCGUCUCUACCGGUGGCCGUGUCGUUGGUGUAAAGGCUGAUCUUGCCAAGAUCAUCUUGACUGGUCCUACUUGUACUGAGGUUGGCGAUAAGGUUGCUAUUUCUAGAAAGAUUGAAAGACAUUGGCGUCUUAUUGGUUGGGGUAAGAUCAAGCGUGGUACUGUUCUGGAAGCAGAAGCAAAUUAA